AUGCUCUAUCGGAGCGGUAUAAUUGAAAGUCAUUGCAUCGCCUAUCGCCGUAAUAUAAACAGAAAAAAGUUUGCGUCAGCGGCGAUUGGUUCGGAAACGUUAGGAAUUAUGCAACUUCGUCAGAAUCAGAAAGCAAGUGAAUCGGAUUUGAAAGGUAAAUCUUUUCGUCUGGAGUUUUUAGAUCGUUUGACUAAAAGAAGAAAUGUAACAGUGAAAAUAAGACGUAAGAAAUUCGAUGACAACUGAAGAAAAAGCACCACAAAAAGAUGGAUACAUUGGUGUUUCCAAGGAUGACAAAUCAACAAUUAUUAUUUUACUUAUCUUGUACACUUUACAAGGUAUUCCCAUUGGACUUGCUAUGAGCAUCGCCCUGUUAUUACAAAAGAAAAAUGUGACCUAUAAAGAACAAGCCAUGUUUAGUAUAGUUGGGUGGCCUUACAGUUUAAAGCUGUUGUGGGCUCCAAUAGUCGAUUCCUUGUAUUGGAAAUACAUGGGCAGACGGAAAAGUUGGUUGAUAUCUACCCAAUAUGUGAUUGGAAUCCUCAUGUUGAUUCUUUCAUUUCAUGUAUCAGAUAUUUUUGGUGAUGCAAACGAUUAUCCAAAUGUGUUCUAUCUUACAAUUGCAUUCUUUAUUUUGAAUUUUUUAUGUGCUACUCAAGAUGUUGCUGUCGAUGGAUGGGCCCUAACUAUGCUUUCUAGGCAAAAUGUGGGGUAUGCAACCGUAUGUAAUUCUGCUGGAUUAAGGAUUGGAUUCUUUUUUGGAAAUAUUGUGUACUUAAUUCUUGAAUCUCCGGAAUUUUGUAACCAAUAUUUGAGGUCUGUUUCUCGCCCAGAAGGUCUAAUUACUCUUUCAGGUUUUUUAAAAGUCAGUGGUGUUAUUUUUUUAAUAGUGACGACUUUUAUCCUAAUUUACAAGUCAGAAUCCGAAGAAAUAAAUUCUGAAAUACCCGGAGUUAGAGAAACGUAUUCGCAAAUCUACCACAUUGUCUGUCUGAAGAGUGUGAUUAAGCUAGCCAUUUUUCUCAUGACUUAUCAAAUAGCUUUUGUUGCUGUUGAGGCUGUGAGCAAACUCAAAUUUAUUGAAGCUGGAGUUCACACAGAGACUAUGGCUCUUUUAGAAAUUCCAAUGACGCCAUUCGCUGUUAUCGUUUCUCUCUAUAUUAGUCGUUUUGCUGUGGGACUCAACUGUUUCAAAGUCUUUUUAAAAGCAUUUCCUAUUAAGUUACUGUUUGGUGUUUUAUUUGCUUUCCUAGUUUCAUGGACUUACAACGUUAAACUGGAAUCUGGUGGUUUUCCCACUUAUUAUUAUGUUGUGAUAGUUUUGAGCUUUACCCUGCAUCAGGCAGUCGUCGUCUGUCUACAUAUUUCUGUGGGCUCUUUCUUGAACCGAGUGAGUGACCCUGCCAUUGGAGGGACUUAUAUGACCAUCUUAAAUACCUUCCUUAAUCUUGGAAGGAAUUGGUCAUCCACUGUGGCUCUAUGGUUAGUGGAUGUGCUCACGUAUAAGACAUGUGAGAAUCCUAUUUACAACUGUAACAAUGCAGAAACAGCAUCGAAAUGUAUGGCUGCCGGUCAUAAAUGCGUAACUACUGUGGAUGGUUUUUCUGUCGAAUCUGUCGCUUGCGUUAUUUUUGGAUUUCUUUGGCUAAGAUGGGGCCGUAAAGUUAUAGUGAAACUACAAGGUACAUUAUCAUCAGAUUGGAAAACCACAAAGUGCAUCCAACUUCAAAACCUGGAAUCUAUAGUCUCAAAAUCUUGAACUAAUUGUGAAAACUCAUGAUCUUGGAAUUUCCCAAAUAAAUACAGAGUCCAUUUCUUGUUUUAAAAUGCAUAUCUCUGACCUGAUUUUUCCAUAAUUAUUUUAAUAUUAUUGUUAUUGCCAUUUCUUUGUCAGUUAAUAUUUUUUAAUAACUCAUUUUUUGAGCAUUUUAUUUAACAACAAAAACUUCAGAUCAUUUAUAUUUGCUGAAUUUCUAAAAUACCUAUUAUACUUUUUUUUGCAUUUAAAUAGAGAAAACUGAAUUUUAAUAAAGGCUAUUUUUAUCAUU